AGCCUUUAGUCACAUAAUUAUUCUCUAUUAUUGUUCAUCUUUUUCUCUUCUUCUUCUUCUUGUUCAAAGUUACAACUACAAAUUAAACCAAUUUAAUAUAAUUUGUACCAAAAUAUAUGGCUUCUCAAAUUUGUGAAACUUUAGCUUAUGAUAUGGAAAUCAAGGGUGAUCUUCUCAUGUCAUUAAUGGAAGAGUUACCAUGUGAUAAAAAUGAUGAUGAAAGGUUAGAUAGCUUAAUAAGAUCUUUUGAGGCUGAAAUAAGUGAAACCAACAUAGUUGGUCAUGAUAAUUCAACAUGCAUAGGAUCACAAUUGAAGAGCAAUAAUUUUGAAGAAAAUUUUAGUGAAUUAUGGAACAUAGAAGUGGAUGAAGGACAUGAUUUUGGAGUUGAAUGGGUGGAUAUGGAUUUGAUGCCAUCUUUCCAAUUUGAUGAGGGGAUUAAUUGGGUGGAUAUUGAGUCUUUUGGAGAUGAGAAAAAUGUGAUGGCUGAUCAUUUAAUAGUUUGUGAUGAUGAGUUUGAUAUGGAAGAAUAUGGUUACAAUUCAUUUUGGCAAGAUAAUUAUGAGAUGGGGUUGGUGCAUUAAUUUGCUAUAUUGCUAUAUAGUGCUUAUUAUGUAUAGACUAUAGUCUAUAGUCAUGAUGUAAUUAAAUCUCAAUAUUUUUUUUAUAUGCUAUGAAUGAUUGGGAUAAGAUUAUAUGCAAAAGGAGUUUAUGGAUUUGGAAAUCAAAAUACAACCCUUUGAAUUACA